AUGGAAUCACGACCAACUGAAGGUAGUAUUGAAAACAGUGAAUCAAACCAGGACGACGCUAAUUUAUCAGACGAUCCACAAUCAUACCCGCAACGGAAACGGAAAAUUAAAAAACCCAACUUAGAUGAACAAAUAAUAAAGGCACUUCAGUCUAAUGAAGACGAUACCAAUUAUUGCUUAUCUUUAGUUCCUUUUAUGAAAGAGCUGACUUCUGACGAAAAAUUAGAAGUGCGUAUAAGAAUUUUACAAACAUUCCAAGACAUCAAUAAAAAAAGAUUAUUACUGACAAAUACAUCAUUUAAUAUCAUUCAACCUAGUACUUCACAAUUUCCAAGAGCUUCCAGGCACAUUACUCCAUCAACUUCCAUACGUAUUAUUUCUGAUAAAGUUAUCAAGCCAAACCGUAGUCGUUCAGUCCAUUCCACACGUCAAGCAAAUUUAUCACAGCAUCUGACAGAAUCUCAUCAGCACUCUAACACAAAGCCACAGGAUACAAUACCAUCUUAUAUGCAACUUUCAAGUCCAUCUCCAGAAAGUCAAACACCGCCCCCUCCACAUGAUCAUGAUGGUAUUAUUUCAUACUGGUCAAACUUCUCCGAGUCUGAAUCAGAAUUAAUUGAUUUAUAA